UCUCUUAUCGUUAAACGCCUCGUUAUAUCCAGCCAUACCAAAAUGUUUACGUUUUGUGUUGACAAGCUUGAGUAUGUACCCCACAGGGAAUUAUUACAGUGUACUGAACGCUUUCGACUUGCUAUCUUAAAUGUCCAUAUAUUGUUCGUGUGUGCAAUGAUAUCAUUGAUCAAGUAGAAUGUUUACAAUUUAAUAAACUGUAGAAGGAGUUAUUUCCUCCUAUGAGACAAACUGCACAGGUUCGUUGGUAUAUUCAGCAGUUCAGAUAUUGGUCCAUCAGAAUCUUAAGUCUGAUCUGUCUGUUUAUAUCUGUAUGGAUACGCUGAACUUACCAAAACUGGUGUCUUCUCAAGGGUUGAUAAAGCAAUCCAGUGCUGUUAAACCAUUAAAUCGUGCACAAGGCACAGGCAUCUGCAGCUGCCUGACAACAUAUUUACUUAACCUGUAAUAAAUACGGACUACAAAACAUCAUGACAAAUACUCUGGUUUCUGUGCUGGUGGAGCUCCGGUUUUGUCUGAAAUUUGACCAUUGACCAGGAUGGACAGCGAAGAGGAACAUGAUCAUGACCAUGAUCAUGACCAUGAUCAUGACGGUGAAGCACAGGGCGCUGUGUCCUCCCUCACUGGUUUCCUGUUCGGGAACAUUGAUAAGAAGGGAGACCUGGAGGGGGAUUUCCUUGAUGAGGAAUCCAAGCGACACCUUGGAUCCCUGAGUGCCCUGGGAGGGAUUGGAACCAUGGUACGGGAGAUUACAGAGGAUCAGUCUAUUCUGGUGGCGGAGGAGGGAAGUGACCAAGAAGAAUCCAGCUUGAAUUAUGAGAAAAAGGUAGCAGGAGCUGUGGAUUACUCGGACAUUACAGAGAUGGCUGACGAUGGGUCAGAGAGGGUGCGAGAGGCCAUGAACAGUCUACAACCACUCAAGUCAGAUAAUGACGAGGAAGAUUAUGAUGAAGAUGACAAUAAACUUAUGCCUCCACCCUCCUGGCUCCCAAACAAAUCAGGCAAGGCAGAGGAGGAGGGAGGGGAAAUUGGUAGCCCUGGGAGUCAGGCCCAGACCCCCCCAAAAUCUGACAAGGGUUCGCUGUCUGAUAGCCCAGACAAAUCCAAGUUUAAGACCCCCUUGGCAGCCAUGUUACCCCCAGAGUUGGCGACCGUGGAGGUCACCACACUGUUCCCUGAGUUUGAGCAUGGAGAGGUCUUGAGAUUUUCCCGUCUCUUCAGACCUGUCCACACACCCCAUGUUUGGAGGAGGAAAAAGAAGAAGAAAACAGAAGAAGAAGAUGAGGAAGCAGAAAUGAAGAAAAAACAAGAGGAGGAGAAGAAGAUGUCACCAUUACAGAGGAUGGUAGCUCAUGCAAAGGAAGAAAGAAACCAGUCUGGGACCCUAAGGCCCUCUCAAGACCCCCAGGGGGUUGAGGAUAUGCAUGUAGAUGAGGAUAACGAGGAGGAUGACUUUAUGUUGAACCUGGGAAGACCAGCCCAGACUGAGGAGUGCCUCUCAGAUGAUGAGGAGAAGAUGAUGAGAACAGAGGAAGAAAAAUCUCUGACUGACCAAAACAAAACGUCUGGGGAGUCCGAACAAAGCCUGAAAAUAGAACCAUGGCGGUAUGGUCCUGCUCAGUAUUGGUAUGACUUCAUUGGAGUGGAUGAGCUCGGGUGCGACUUUGACUAUGGCUUCAAACUCAAAAAGGAGAAUACUGAAGAGGAAGCUGACGUUAGUGCUAAUCCAAACCCAAAGAAGGUGGAGUUUUCUGAUGAGGUUUUCCUCAUGGUAACCCAGCUACAGUGGGAGGAUGACAUUAUCUGGAAUGGUGAGGAUGUAAAACACAAGGUGAUCGCCUCACUCAAACAGAAAGCGCCCUCUGCUGGCUGGAUCCCUAGCACCUCUCACCGCACUGCCACCCAGUUCACCACACAGGGUAAACCCAAUGACAUUAUCAGUGGCCUGACUCCUAAAGUGCCGAUCCUGAACCCUGGUUAUUCCAAGACAAUCCCUGGCAUGUCUCCCAUCAUAAAGCAAGGAGAAGGCCCGGACUCCAAGGACAAAAUCUACUCCAUCUUCCCUAUAGAAAACCAGGAACUCGUCUAUGGACGCUGGGAGGACGAUAUUAUCUGGGAUUCAGAGAAUAUGACCAAGAUCCCUAAGCCACAAGUCUUGACCCUUGACCCAAAUGAUGAUAACAUUAUACUUGAACUUCCAGAGGAUAAUGACCCAAAUGCCAAAUCUGUACCAGCUAAAAAAGAAAAGGAGAUUAAGAAGUCCAAGCUGUUACUGAACAAAGCUGGUAUUACUAAGGAGGACGAGGAAGAUGAGGAAAAGAAUGCACCCAACCUACAGGAGAAGGAUCCAUUUAAUAUUUCUAAUGAUGAAUACUACAGUCCAAAAACUAUGGAGAAUGCAGUGAAAGGCAACCUUGGGGGAAGUCUGAUACAGCAUUCAACACCCAGCCUGGAGUUACGACAGCCAUUCUUCCCUACCUACAUGGGUAUCGGAAAGCUCCGCACCUUCCACAGAAAUACUCUGAAGAGAUAUUCCCACGGCGCCUUGUCCAUGCCUGGACCGCACGCAGUACUGCCUCUCCUCAAACAAAUAAAGAGGAAGGCUAGAUUGAGGGACCAGGAGAGACAGGCGUAUGGAGGAGGUGAGAUUUUCUUCAUGAGGAUUGCCCAGGAUCUUACUGGCAUGGACGGGGAGUUGAUUCUGGCCGAAUACUCGGAGGAGUAUCCUCCCUUGGUAAUGCAAGUUGGCAUGGCAACCAAAAUAAAGAAUUACUAUAAAAGAAAACCUGGUAAAGAUACAAGCCCCCCUCUGUAUAAGUAUGGGGAGCUGGCCUAUGCACAUACAUCUCCCUUUCUUGGGUCGCUCAAUCCAGGACAGUGUAUCCAGGCCUUCGAAAACAAUAUGUUUCGUGCAUCAGUAUUUGAACACAAAGUCCCAGAGACGGAUUUUGUUAUCAUCAGGAAACGAGACAAUUACUACAUCAGAGAAGUGUGCACUAUUUACUGUGUGGGACAGGAAGCGACCAUGAUGGAAGUGCCUGGCCCAAACUCCAAGCGUGCUAACAACUUCAUCAGAGAUUUUCUACAGGUUUUCAUCUAUCGCCUGUUUUGGAAAAGCAAAGAUGCACCGAAAAGAAUCAAAAUGGAUGAUAUCAAACAUGCAUUUCCCUCUCACUCUGAGAGCAGUAUCAGAAAGAGGCUCAAAUUGUGUGCAGACUUCAAACGCACAGAGGAGCCAGAUGAAUAUGGUAUGGACUCUAACUGGUGGGUGCUGAAGCCAGACUUCCGCCUGCCUACAGAGGAUGAGAUGAGGGCUAUGGUGUCCCCGGAACAGUGUUGUGCCUACUACAGCAUGUUGGCUGCUGAACAGAGGCUGAAGGACGCUGGGUAUGGAGAGCGGUCAUUAUUUGCUCCAGAGGAUGACAACGAGGAGGAAACACAGAUGAAGAUAGAAGAUGAGGUAAAAACGGCCCCAUGGAACACAACAAGGGCCUUUAUAGCCUCUCUCAAGGGUAAGUGUCUGCUGGAUCUGACAGGUGUCGCCGACCCUACCGGCUGUGGCGAGGGCUUCUCCUACGUGAAAGUACCUAACAAACCACAGCCUAAGGAAGAGGGCCAGCAACAGACACCACAGAAAAAGACUGUCACUGGAACUGAUGCUGAUCUCCGCAAGCUCUCCCUCAAGGACGCUAAGCAGUUGCUGAGGAAAUUUGGACUGCCAGAUUCUGAGAUCCGCAAGUUGUCUAGAUGGGAGGUGAUAGAUGUGGUCAGGACAAUGUCUACAGAGCAGGCCAAGGCUGGACAGGAUGGUCAAGUGGGUAUGAGUAAGUUUGCGAGAGGGAAUCGGUUCUCUGUAGCAGAGCACCAAGAGCGUUACAAAGAGGAGUGCCAAAGAAUUUUUGACCUGCAGAAUAGAGUGUUAUCCUCAAAUGAAGUCUUGUCUACUGACGACGAUUCAAGCUCCGGGAAUGAAUCUGACUUUGAGGAAAUGGGCAAGAACCUUGAAAGCAUGCUGGUCAAUAAGAAAACAAGUUCUCAGCUGAGCCAUGAGAGAGAAGAGGCAGAGAGACGGGAGCUUCACAAGAUGAUGUUGUUGGGCGAGGACAGCAAAGACAAGAACAAGCAAAAGGAAGAUGACCUAAAUGCAGCAAACAUGACUGGUCGCAAAUUAAAGAUCACAAGAACAUUUAGAAAUGAUGAAGGAAAGGAAUACACGAGGACAGAAUGGGUGUUAAAGCCAGCAGUGAUCGAUACCUAUGUGAGGAUCCGGGAGAAGAAGGACCCUUCCUUUAUUAAAAAUUUUGCAGCUAUGGAUGAUUCUAUGAAAGAAGACAUGAGGAGGGAAAAAAGAAGACUACAGGAACGACUCAGAAGGAUUAAGAGAAAUGAGGAGAGAGAGAAAUUUGCUCCACCCCCAGUAAAGAAGAAGAAGAAGCAAGAGCCUCUCUCCAUCAAAGCCAGCAAGCUGAAGUGUGGUGCCUGUGGUCAGAUUGGUCACAUGAGGACCAAUAAAGAGUGUCCCAACUACAACAAAGUGGGUAACGUAGCCCCAGUCCAGGUCGCCAUGACACAGGAGGAGGAGGAAGAGGAGGAGAAGAACCUCCUGGUCGACAAUGACCUCAUUAAUGUGGAGGGAACGAAAAUCAAGUUCUCUAAGAACCUGGUGGAGCAUGCGGAACAAGUGAAGAGGAAGUCCCUUCUGCUCAAGUUCCCAAAGCAGGCAUAUAAACCGGAGAAAAAGAAGCGUGUGGGAUCGGUCAUACAUUGUGACUACCUGAAGAAACCGAAGCAGACAUCCAAUCGGCGAAGAACUGAUCCCAUUGUGACUUUGUCAACUGUACUGGAGAGUGUUCUGAAUGAGAUGCGAGACAUGCCUAACGCACAACCAUUCCUGUUCCCUGUCAGUACUAAGGAAGUACCAGACUAUUACAGGGUCGUCAAAAUUCCUAUGGACCUCCAGACCAUCAGAGAGGGUCUUCGAAACAAAAGAUACAUUUCCAGAGAAACUUUCCUCAUCGAUGUCAACCAGAUUCUUGAAAACAGUAAGAUGUACAAUGGUGCAAAAAGUGCUUUGACUCUGACAGCCCAACAGCUGUUGAACUUGUGUCUGAAGCGAUUUGCUGAGAAAGAGGAUAAGUUGAUGAGGCUGGAGAAGGCCAUCAAUCCUCUCCUUGAUGACAAUGACCAGGUGGCCUUCACCUUCAUCCUCGAGAAUAUCAUAGCUCAGAUGAAGGCAGUAGAAAAUACAUGGCCAUUCCAUGGUCCAGUAAACAAGAAGUUUGUCAAGGACUACUACGAGGUCAUCCAACGUCCAAUGGACCUUGCAACGCUGCUCAAGAGAGUCCAAGCUCACAAGUACCAGACACGAGAAGUUUUCAUAGAGGAUGUAGAACUUAUCCCCAUCAACUGUAGCAAAUACAAUGGCAAGGAUAACCCUCUCACAGAAACAGCCUACAAAAUGGUGGAUGUCUGUAGGCAGGCCCUCUCACAGAAUGAAGAACACCUGAUCCAGCUGGAGGCUGACAUCCGAGCUGCUCAGGAAGCAGCUUUAGAGGCUGUGGAGACUGACAGUAUCAUGACAGGCACGUCGGCUAAUCCUGAUGACUACAGUCUGCUGGGUAUGGACAAUGAGAGUAUGGAUGAGGCAAACAGUCUGGGAACUUCUCGAGAGAACAUUACCAUCGCAGAGGACAACAGUAGUCCAUCAAAACGUUGGGCCGGGGACGACUCUGGAAUGUCUGGAGGGGUUGUGCCAGAGGAGUAUGACUCGGAGUUUGUAGACGUGGAAGGAGAUGUUGAAGGAGACGAUGAGAAUGUUGUUGACAUGAGCUUCGGUCAGCAGAGCAGUGACCAGACCUCAGACCAGGUGAUGAACACCACAGGUGAGGUUGACGAGUCCUUGAUUCAGGAUCUUCAACUUUCACCUGAGAACUCGGAUAGUGAGGACCAAGGGAUGGGUAAGCAGAGUGACAGUGAGGAGGAAGGCGAUACCAGUAUGGACAUGCAAGCAUAUGAGGAUGGACGGCAAUACUACGAUGGUACCGCUCAGUCCUACAUGGCCCCACCCCCUCAGGACAUUGAUGAAAACAGCUUCGACCCCUCUGACUUCUUCAUGCACAGUGCUCUGGCCAGUGAGGCCGCGGCUCAACAUGUGACGGAUAACAAGGAUGGUGACGAUAUUAACAUGGAUCUGCAGGUCUCCGAGUCCGAGGAGAGCGAUGCAGAUCAGGAGGGCGCAGAGCAGGGCGAAGACCAGUCCAACGAUGGCUUUGAUAUAGAUGAAUUCCUGCAGUGAUUAUGAGUUUGAAACUGACUAGUACCUAUGUUCAACAAAGAGUUUGAUACAGGCUAGUAGCACAUCACAAAAGUUAUUGACAAGUUCCUACUGAUGGUGCUAGGAUUAAUUAAAUAUGAACAAGUGUUUGACCCUUUCAACACUGUUGACCCUAAUGGACUUGCCCCAAUUAAUGCAUGGAAGAGUCUAAUAAAGUUACAUAUAGGGGUGAAAGGGUUAACUAUCAAACAUUCGGAUUGAUGUUGAUAAGUUUUUAAUGGGAACAUCUGUUAAGCGAAGUGUUUAAGGCAGCAUCUUUCAGGAAUCGCUUAUAAAUCUUGACUAUUAAACACUGGUGAUGUCAGGUGUUUAACAGCUGCCAAGAUAUCAGUGCUAUAGAACAUACAGAAGUUUCCGUACAUAUCAUUGUAUUAAACAAUGAAUCAGUGGCCAUAUAUCACUUCUGUAUUACAUGUAUUCAGGUUUCUCUUACAUUUUACUACAUGAAUCAGUUCAUCCUUUUAUUUGAAGACUGUACAGUCAGAUCUGUGUCGAGACCAUCCAAAGGAAAGACACCCAAAGAUAUAUAGGUCGCAUUCAUGUAUCCCAGUUGAAACAGUUCAGGCGGCGUAGAAAUAUUCCACAAUAAACGAACACACUCGGAACGAAUUGUAAGCAGAGCCAAAAUGCAGUUUUCGGAGAAAAAAACAACAAUAUAUCAAGAAUAAUAUGUCCUUCUUUCACGCGUCCACUUACCGGGUAAUUAUAUAAUGUAUCUUUAAAUCUGCAUCUGGAUUUUUUUUUUUUAUAAAGAAAUAACGCAAACUAGCAAGAGUCAGCAUUUUGGUUUCGGUUAGGCAGGUCUGGACCCCUCGAUCUUCACAAUAUGCGGAAUAUUCUUGAGGUCAGCCUCGGUUCAGAUCUGUGCCUGUCAUUUUCUUUCAGGUCCAACCGUUUCAACUGGUUGAAUUGGAUAUGUGAACGGGCCAUAGUAAACAUGAGAAAAUGGUGUUUUUUUUAAGAGAGAAGAUAAGUCAAUAGGGAUGGUCUCUCAAGCAGACUGUAUCAUCACAAUAGUAUUUAUUUCUCAUGUGAAUCAUGUUUAGUUUACAUGAUGCAUUUUUUUCAUAUCAUAACUGAGAACAAGUGUCAUGUUUGUCUAAUAGUGUGUACAUGCAUAUAUAUCAUUAUGUGUGUGUGUGUAGUUCAUGUGUACUGGUGUUUGAGUCAGUGUGCAUUACAGGUGUAUAGGUGUAUGCAGUACAUGUUUGGGUGUAAUGUGUACCUGUGUUUGUGGACAUGUAUGUGUACAUAUACCUAUGUAUGAGUGUCGAAGAUGUGUACCUGUGUUUAUGGACAUGUAUGUGAUGUGUACGAGCAUGUGUCGGAAAUGUGUACCUGUGUUUGUGUACAUGUGUGUUGGAGAUGUGUACCUGUGUUUGUGUACAUGUGUGUUGGAGAUGUGUAUGAUUGUGUUUAUGCAGUGUUAUCCCCACAUUGAUAGUGGGAUGAUUGUGAAACUUUGGCCGGCACAAAUGAAAGUAAGAUGUUUGAAUGAGAUGCCUAGAACCUUGAAGACUGGAAGGAAAUGUGUUAUCAUGCUUAAUAGAAAUAAAACUUAAUUAAAUAUUUAA